UAGAGUCAAGUUAAAUCCCGCUAAAUGGGACAUUGGCGCCACCUACUGUUGAAAAAGUCACCCUGCACCAUUCACACAGGGCAAGGGAUUCUGGGUAAUCCUCAGAAUAAUGGCGGAUUCCUGCGAGACCUUGUGCUGCUUGCCCACGCCAUUAAAAGAGAGCAUUCUAACCUUUGCCUUUUUGUUGUGAAUGCAGGUAUGUGACUGUGCCACACUGUUUAGAGAAUUUCAAAUUGUUUCAUGUACAGUUUUGAAAUAUAUUUCUGUAUUCCUUUCAUUUCGGAAAUUUAACAUGCAAUGUUAAUGCUGUUGAGCUUUUUCUAUUCUGGUUGUAUAAAUUUACCACUAUACGAUCACACUGCAAGUUGAAAUGUAAUCCUCAGAAUAAUGGCGGAUUCCUGCGAGACCUUGUGCUGCUUGCCCACGCCAUUAAAAGAGAGCAUUCUAACCUUUGCCUUUUUGUUGUGAAUGCAGACCAGAGAAGACACUACACAGAGGUCACAUUGGUGCCGUGACUCGUUCAUGACGCUGCUGGAUCGGGCUGGUGUCUUCUCGUCGCAGCAUCAUCUUGGAGCAUCGGCUUCCCUAUUGUUUAGACUGUUGGGUAACGGAAUCAAACUUUGGGGACUGUUGGAUAUACUUUCAUAUUGGCUUUGUAUAUUGCCGUAUUGUAUUAAGCCGGUCUUAGCUCUUUUCAUAUCCUGCUAGAUAUGGAUCUGAGUGACUCUGAUGACACCCCAAAUGUGACUCCCCUUGGUGUGGGUAGGGGUAGAGGGUUCACAACUGUUCCUUUUUCACUGGGUGACUGUCGGGUGGGGCAAAGAGAAGCAGAUAGUUCUUGUGGGCUUGUGGCUGAGUCGCAGUCAGUACAGUACACUAAGGCAUCUACCUCAGACCCCCCAAUAACUGAUGUGAGUCUAGUCGACCAAAUGAACGACAUUGUGCAGCAAAUUGGGCAACGCCUGGCUGAUAGCAUUCUGUCACACCUGACUCUGCCACACACUUCCAGCCCUGCAUCUGCUACAUAUACAUGUCCUGAGGGGGCGCAUGAAACAACGGAUCUCCCCUCCAGCCGCUCAUUGGACCUCUCUCAAGUCCAGCUGGUGGCUCCACGACAGGUUAAAGACCCACCUGUGUUUCGGGGGGAGAGUUCGGACUCAUUGUCUGUUGAUGAGUGGCAGGAAGCCAUGCAGAGUUACAUAAAGAAGAGUGGCAUUGUCCCAGAAAACCAAGCUGAGGAGAUUUUGAUGCAUCUGAGAGGCAGGGCAAAAGAUGUUGUGAAAUUUGGUGUGAGGAAUGGUGGAAUUGAUGUCCAGCAUAAUCCACAAGCUAUCUACAGACUUCUGCACAAACAUUUUAGUUCCACCCAGUGCUCAUCUGUGCCUCUGGCUGACUUUUAUUCCACCCUGCCGAAGGACCGGGAGGAUCCAUAUGAGUAUUGGCUGAGGCUGAACAAGGCUGCUGAUGUUGUUGGCAACUGUCUUAAGGAGCAGGGGAAAUCUUUUGAGAACUCUGGUGUGGAGGUUGCACGCAUGUUCAUCAGACACUGCCCCUGCAGAGACUUGGCUCUUAUUUUUAGAACCAAAACAUGUGAUAAAUGGUCAGCUCGUGAAGUUCAGGAGGUGCUGGAUGAGUAUCACCUGGGAAAGGGGUUCCAGUCUCCUCCACAGAAGGGUAACUGUGUCUAUGUGAGUAAAGCAGAGGUUAGCACUAAUGCUGCUCCUUGCUUGGCUGACCAUGAGCAGAGACCAGCUGUGAGUCAGGAUGGCCCUGCUAUUGAGAGGUUGAUCAGCAUGCUAGAGAAGGUGCUGCUUCAAGGCCCAGGCUAUGCUCGGGCUAAUGCCAGGCGACAGAGUGCCCGACUUCCGAGAAUACCGGGCUUGGAUGACACACCAUGUUCCAUCUGCAGAGAUGGCUCCCACUCCACACUCACGCACUGUCGGGAGAACAGAUUGUGCUUCCUGUGUCACCUACCUGGUCAUUCAAGACGUAACUGCCCGGAGGGCAAGUGUCCUCCUUCCAAUGGUCAUCAGGGAAACUGAAUGAUCUGCGUGGAGGGGAGGACAGCGCAGAUCCAGCAAGUAAGCCUCCCACCUUGGACAUGUCUGAUAUUAAUGAUUAUGACACUUUGUAUUCCACUUACAGUGGUAUCGUCCCACCAAAUAAAACACUGGUUGCACAGGGCUUGCAUAGGCUCUCAAACACUGAUAGCUUAUUCUACUCUGCAGUGACUACUAGUAGUGGACAAGUUCUUAAAGCAUUAGUGGACAGUGGAUCUAUGGCGUGCACCAUAAGUGAGACAGUGGAUGAGAAACUUUCGCAAUCAAUACCUGAUAUUGAGAGACGUUCAGCUGAAGACAUUGUCAUUGUUGGUUGUGGGGGUCACCUUGUUACGCCUUCUGCUAUGUAUGAUCUUACAGUAUCAAUAUAUGGCUUUAAGGUGGUGAUUCCCGUUCUGGUGGUUCCGGGUCAGGCUGAUGACAUGAUUCUGGGCAGCAAUGCGAUAAAGUGGCUUAUUUCGCAGUUAAAAAUGACUGUUGGUACCCAGGAUGAUGCUUUUCCUCAUUUGGCAACUUUGCUAUCCUAUUCUGAUGACUGUAGUGGCAGAGCAAUGCCUCCAAGUUUUGGCACUGCAAAGCUUAAGAGACGCGUCACCUUGCAGCCCUUGUCUGAACAUUUAGUGUGGGCUAAGCUGCCUGCUCCUGAUGCUUCAGCGGUGGGGAGUGCUGUCAUUAUUGAACCCACUCAGUCUCGAUCCAAACCUGCACAAAUCCUAGUGGGGCGAGUUGUCACUUCCUUGUUUGGGGAUGGCUGGGUCCCUGUUAAAGUGGUGAAUCCCUCCGAGAAGCCCCUCACUCUCAGGAGAAAUGCUAAGGUUGCUGAUGUGUCCCCCUGUCUUUCUGUGCAGGACUUACCUGAACCUGUUCAAAUUCGAUCCAGUACACAAUACACACAGAACUCG